UGAAAAAUGGUUACGUGGAUUAUAUUGCGUCUGGACUCACUGAAACGAAAAGAAGGUGGGCAGAUGCUAGAAUGUUCUAUUCGUUCGGAUCUCUACGGAAGUUUUUAUUGAUAUAUAAGAAAGGACACGAAACAAUCACAGUGUAACACGUCAGCAUUGGUAUAAGUUGAACAGUAUAUAACACAAGGCAAAAUACAUACUCCUACGAUACUUGAUUAAACGGAUCGUUACUUUUUUCAAGGAUUAUCAAUAUGACUACAAAAAACCUGAUGUCGAGUUUUGUCGUCUGGAAUAAUAAGGGUGGAGCCGGCAAAACCACCCUUACAUUUCAUCUCAGCACAGAGUAUGCCAUGAGGAAUCCCACAGUAAAAGUUGUCGUGUUUGAUAUGUGCCCCCAAGCGAACAUCUCUUCGGCCUUUCUUUCAAAUAAAGACGAAAAAGACGGCGGAUUCAGAGGAGAUGAUGUUGUGAGAGAGAUUCCCGCUGAAAAAGUCAAAUGUUCUGAUAUAGAUGGAGAAGAAAAGACGUAUGACCGAAAUGUAAGUGGAUACUUGAUGGCACAGAUCGAUAGGACAAGGAUUGAGUACGAAAAGUUUCUUGUCCAACCUGCACUUAGAGAGAAACGAAAUAAGUUCAUAACUGAAAACAUAUACCUUCUUUGUGGAGACCAGUAUUUGGAGGUUAUAGCUAAAGGCUUAGAAAGCGAGAGGCAUAUUGUAAGACCAAAUUAUCCAGAUGGGCAAUGGAAAAAAAUCACUUCUUAUAUGCAGAAAUUUAGAGAUGAACUUGUUCAAAACGAUCCCAACAAUAAAUACGUGUUCUUCAUAGACACAAACCCAAGUUUCGCAAUAUACACCGAACUAGCCAUUACGGCAGGAACACGACUUAUCGUUCCUAUUAUGUCAGAUGAUUUUUCCUUAUCCGCCGUGAAAUCCAUAUUUUACCUGUUGUACGGAGUACAAAUUGAUAACAAAAGAGAUGAUAGAUAUAGUACAUGGAAAGUCUACGAGUUUUGGUCCCGAGCAAAAUCGGAACAUCUCAAAGUUCCAGAGAUAAACCUUGUAGUUAACAACAAGAUCAUACCGUAUGCUAACAGAAGUGCAACAGCGGUAAGUGCUAAGCAACAGGAAAUACAGAAGUAUUUAGAUAGAGUGAGAAGUGAGAGGCCAGACAUAUUUGCCAAGAAUAAUACUGCUGAACCUAUGGAUACCUCUGAUACAAGUAUGCAGUCAAACGUAUCUAUUUAUGAACUUAAAGAUUUUCAUUCGAUGGCAGUAACAUCUCUACACUUAGGAUGCCCGCUUUCAAGGCUUCCUAAAACGAUCAAAAUGGAUGGUUUUGAUAUACCAAAACCUGUUCAGUAUAGAGAUGUCUAUUUACCAGGUUUAAUUACCAUCGUAGAAAAACUUGAAAGACUUACAUCAGAAAAUAUGUGAACGACUUUGACAGAACCGGAUCACAUUUGAUGCCGUGUGUACAAUCGUAUUGUUAGCAAUUUGAUAACAUUUUUUUAUAAUAUUAUAAUAUCGUAUUUGUGGAAUACGUUUAGCGGCUUUCAGUUAGUUUUGUUAGUAUCAAUAAAAAUAUAAUUUGU